AGUAAGGGGGGCUGGAUUUCACUGUAAUAAGUAGGAAAUUCGCAUGUUGUGAGGAAGAGAUGCUACUACCUACCUUGGAGUUUAGAAGACUGAAGAUCCAAAGGUCGACCUUCUCUGGGCCACGACUCUCGCAAAUAACGUACAUUGGGGCAGUGAUUAAUCGGUGAGUGAUCAAUUGAUUUUGUAAAAAGCGGGGAUGGGCUUCAAGGGUCGAUGAUUUCCGUUCCGAGGAGAAAGUACUUCAGGGUUGAAGUCCGGCCGUCGUACUUGCCCCGAAUGUGACACAGCUCAUAGAUUUACAUGAGCGAGCCCUCCAAAGUUGUAGAUCAACUUGUUACUUAUUUUCUUGGCACGGUGAUCGAGAAAUCUAUGAAAUACAGGACCUGAAUUUCAAGUCUGACCUCCUUCAGACCUACACCUGCCCCAUCUUUCUCUUUCUCUUUCCCUUUCUGCCAUGGCCAUCCCAGCUAAUGCAUAUUAUGUACUAGACUCACCCAUUCCUCGUUACGGUCUUGAUCCGCCUACUAGUGCAGGGAGUAACUCUACACGUUCUCAGUCUGUAAAAUCGGAGGUCUCGUCUUCACCUUAUCUUGAUCUUUCACCCUCACCACCCCACGCAUUUUCUUUCCACUUUCCCUCAUCAGCGUCAACCCCCACUACCGCGCAUCUUGGCCCUAAUUUUACUACAACAUCUAAUACAAUACCAGGCCGUAAUCCCCCCCUCGACUUAAAUGGACUGUCAUUCCCAGACGAAUACGACGAUGGCGACGAAUUGGCAGAUCUUCCAGGCUCCUCUGGCUUGCCUACUACCUCAUCUGGCCACUCAGAUAGAGUCGUUAGAAGGAGGAGUAGCAAAGCUUGCGAUCAAUGCCGUAAGAGCAAAUGCAAGUGCGAGCGUGCAGGAGAUGGUGAGGCCUGCAAGAGCUGUAUCAUGCUCGGGACGCCGUGUACAUUCCUCGGACCCUCGCGCAAGCGCGGCCCCCCUAAGGGGUACAUUGACGCCAUCGAAGCUCGGCUGCACCAAACAGAAGCACUUCUAGGCGUUCUCCUCGCCGUUGAGGCAGUGCGUGGCGAAAAUGAUGGCGAAGCAGAUAGGGGACGUCCAGCAAGAGACGGCGCUGCAGGGCUGGAUGAUGUGUUGCAUACUCUGAGACAGGACGCUCUUGCUCGUGAGAUCCUCAAUCGUGUUGAUGCCUCCUCCUACGGUGAGGGUAGUGGUAUUGACUUACAGUCUACACACCCUUCGAAUGAAUGGCAGGAUCGGGUUGUAUCUCUUCUCUCUUCAUCCCUAUCGCUCUCCCAACCGUCUUCAUCACGCUCUCGCCCACCUGCACUUGGUGCCAUUUCCCUCAAUAACUCGAACACGAUCCGACUUUCGCAACCUAGAACCUCACCACCUCUCUCACUCGACGACAACGGACGCCGUCAACGCCUGCGGCUUGGCUCUUCAUCAUCCCCGGAUCUCUCUGAGCACUCGCAAACAUAUGCACCGACCAGUACAGACUCUGAGGACGAAGACGAUGUUGCGGAUGCUGUAGGUCAGCUCUCCUUGAACGAGGACGAACAAGUCCGGUAUCACGGAAAGGCAAGUGGUCUUUACCUAUUGGGGUAUAAUGCGAAGGAGGAGGCUCGGAAUGAAGGCGGCAUUUGGCGCUUCCCCAAGGCCCGUGUCUGGCCACCACUCCCUUCAUCCGCCGGAGAUUCGACUUCGCCCGUAAUUCCCAGCGUUAAUGCGCUGACGAAUUCUGCCGCAAGCCCGACCACGACCAAUACUUCCUUGGCGGGUCUAUCUAUCAUGGAUAGAGAUCUAAGCAACGUCAUGCCUGAUCCAGCUGUUCAGGAACAUUUAUUACAGAUAUAUUUUACUUAUGUACAUUCGACAUUCCCGGUAUUGCACAAGGAGGCUUUCUGGGAGGCUUUCAAGGAACAUCAGGAAUCAUCUGCAGCCAACACGCCAUCACCUACGUCAGAUGGUCAGGGUUCGAAAUCUCCAUCGCCCUUCCACCGUGCCCGCCGCCAUGUUUCUCCGCUUUUACUCCUUAGCAUGUUUUCCAUUGCGGAACGCUAUUCACCAUCUUCCUCCCUCCCUCCCUCCUCUCCUCCUUCGUUGUCGCCAGUGUCGCCCAGAGACCCAACUCCUAUGUGGACUGCAGGCGAUCAGUACUUUAAUGUCGCCAAGACACUUCUCGACAGCAGCUAUGCAUCUUCGUUGCCAAGUACAGUGCAGGCUCUCCUAUUACUCGGGUACCGAGAACUUGGCAUUGGUGCCAUGGCACAAGCCUGGGUGUACACAGGCAUGGCGGUACGUAUGGCGCAGGACCUCGGCAUGCAUCGCGCAGCCGAUGGGUGGGCUCGUGCGGAUGUUGGCCGUUUGUUCGGCCCACGGGAGCUACAGGAGCGGCGGCGGAUAUGGUGGGGAUGUGUCGUACUCGAUGGGUACGUGAGUACGUACAUCGGAAGGCCACUUGCCAUCUUCGAGCGGGAUUACGACACACUCUUGCCGAGCGACGACGAGGUGGAGGAGUUGGAGUUGUGGACGCCUCAUGAAUCGUUGCCGCCGGACACCCGCGGACAUGGAUAUCCGCCUAGUUCAGAGAUGAAGCUACUGUCUUGCUUUAAUGCGACUGCGUCUCUCACAACCAUCCUUUCUAAGAUUGUACAAUCGAUCUAUGCCAUCCAUCCGGUGAAUUCUCGGUAUAAUGAAUCAAUACAACUUGAGGAACUGCUGAACAAGUGGUAUCUCGACCUGCCCGAGCAUUUGCAAUUGAAGCAGGACGUAAAUGCUCCACCGCAUAUUUUGACGCUGCACAUGCAAUAUUGGUGUACGACAUUGCUGUUACAUCGCCCAUUCAUAAGGAAUGUGUAUCUUCUAAGUAAAAGGAAAUCGGAUAGUAUGGACGAUACAGAAGCGUGUGCGACGAGCAAGAAACAUUAUGAGCUCUGCGUGGGUGCUGCAAAUCACAUCUCCUCUAUCGGUCGUCGUUUGGUUUUCUUUGAUGAUCGUGCACUCAUUCUAUAUUCAGUGUCCAUCUAUCCGAAUGACCCUCAAUCCCGGAUAGGUCUGUUCAAGUGCAUGGAUGCGCUGCAAGACAUGGAAAUUGUCUGGCCCUCCGCAGCACGCGCACAUGAGCUUCUUCGAGGCUCAAACGUCAUGGCAAAUCCCUUGAAUUCUAGUCAAGCGCGCCUUUCAUUUACUUCUCAGGCGCGCCAGAAGCGGACAGCCGAGCAUUCAGUGGACUCAGAGGAUGCCUACGAGCGUUCGCAGCUGCAGGUCCUAGCGCCAAGCAACUCACCUCACGCCCCAGCGUCGGGGCAAGGAUAUGCCAACACCUGGCGAUCGACUCAGUUCAGCGGAACGUCACAUGAUGUUGGUCAUGCCCAGCAGACUGCUGCGGGGCAUCAUGGUGACUUUGCGGGGACACCUAUGCCAACUUCGCAGUCCUCAUCGUAUUAUCCGUGGUCAUCUGAUGGAUCAUCGUACCUCCCGUUUCCGGGCACACUUUCUACGUCUGUGCUUCCGCAAAUGUAUAGCACAGGCUUGAUUAAUGAGCGUCGGGUGGGGAACUCGUCGUCAACUUCGCAUCAAGGACAAUCGCGGCUGGCUGUGCAUGGGAGCGGAUCUGGUUCAUAUGAACACGCUGGGACAGGGCGGUAUCCAGAGUUUUGGAACGACUAUACAUCGUUCCCGCAGAUGGGGAUGACUUAUAGCCAACCGCAGUCGCAGCCGCAGCCACACCCGCCGCAACAGCAGGACAGCAUGUUCAUGAGCGGGCAGUAUAGUGGUGGUAUCUACAGUGAGCUUUCUGCGUCAUGGAAGAAGAGCGAUGUCCUGACACUCUCGGGCAGAUAAUUCUGCUGCAUCUUAAUUCAAUCACGUAGAUUGUGCCACUUACUCAAACGGACACCAAGUACAUAGUACUAAGUAGACAUUCUUUUUUCGGACUGCGCCUCUUCUCUCACUACCUAAUGUAUUACAUCCUAUCUCACAUACCCUUGGUGUUUUUUUUCGCCGCCGUCGCCAUUCAGUUAUUGUAUCCUUUCUGCCAUCCUCCUCACCUGUCUGUAUCAUCCGCUUCGAGAGGAUUCUUUAUAGCUCUACGUCUUUUAUGUGUUAUAUCCUUACUUCGCUACGCUUUGUUUCCAUAAAUGUAUGCCGAGAGAUACCUUAGAGUUCUUUAGAGCCUUUGACACGUAAAUAUGUGAUUUGAAUGGCCGAUGCAUAUAUAACUCAUGUUCCAUAGCC